AUGUUGUAAAAUACCCUGAUGGUGAUAAUAUGGUGUUUCUCAAUAAUUAUUUUGAUGCAUUGUCAUACAUUGAGCGCAAAUACCCUUAAGAAUUAGUCUUUUAUAUUUCUGAAAAGUAUAACAGCUAAAACAAGAAGGUUUUCGCCAUUUACAAUUGCUUUGGAUACAUAUUUAAGGAAGGAUUAAUAAGGUGCAAUAAAUAACUAAGUUGAAGAGAACUUAUUAUAGAAUGACAAUAUAAAUAAGGGAAUAGAUAAGUUAGAAGUUUUAGGAAAUCAGGAAAGAUUUUGUAAAAAAGCAUGUAAAUUUUCUUUGUUAGCAAAACAAUAUGAGAAAGCAAAGAAAAACUUCUUUGAAACAAUGACAACUUUAAAGAAAAGGUCAUUGACAAUGAGAGCUGUUAUCUUUUCAGCUCAAAUGUAAGCUCAAUAUGACUAUUUUUUGAAGCAUGUUACUUAACAAGCGAGACAAGCUAAAAAAUGCCUUUAAUAAAACCUAGAUUCUUGGUUAUUUUAUUAUUGAUAAAUGCGACAUGAUACCUAACUUAUUUUAAAUAUUUGAUUAAUUAAUAGUUUCGAGGUAAUUAUUCCAAAAAAAACAAAUCUGAUGAGUAUGUAGUCAUUAUCACCAUUUUUUUCAAGAUUAAAAAACAGAUUCUUAAAUAUGUUGAUGUGUUACAAAAAGAUAUGGAGCAAACGAUAUUCCAGGAUAUGUUUUAUGUUUAUGCAUUAUUCUUUAGAUUCCUUAUAAUUUUGAUGAGUAAGAAAUACAACAUUAAAUUUAGAGUACAUUAAUAGCACAUUAAACAGGAAAGAGAAGAGUAAGAAUUGGAAUUGAAGAAGCAUUACUUUACAAUAUGUCGAUUAAUAUUUCAUCAUUAAUAUUCAAAAUGA